UUAGUGCAGGAUGGGGCCGAGGGUCGGCACCACACAGAUCCAGAUCACAGCGUGCGGCCUCCCUUUUGGAGCCUCUCGUCCCUUGCCUUCAAAGCUAAGAACCCAUCGAGGCAACGGCAACCAACCAACCAACGCACAUCUCACGGCCAUCAUCACGCCCGCUCGCUUCGUUCUCGUCACACCCCGAAACGCCCCACUAAAAACCCCACUGACGCGCACAGACAGCCAAAUUAAACACGCGCCACACGCCAAAACGUCGUGCACCACUGCACACUAGGUAGCUCGUGGCUGGCCAACUUCGCGGCACUCUGCCGUGCGACACAGCGCGCAGCAAUGCGGCACAUGCGCUGCCAUACGAGGCGUGCAAUCCUGGGAUUGCUGCUCGUGGUGGUGGUGGUGGUGGCCGUCGUAUUUCCCGACGGCGCGGCUGCCGUGGCGGCCGGGCGGUGCACGACGUCGACGCCGGGCAAGAGGUACGCCAAGUGCAUCGCCCUGCCGACGCAGGGUGCCACGCUGGCGUGGACGUACGACGCGCGCAACGCGACGGUGGACGCCGCGUUCACGGGCUCCUUCAUCUCGCCGUCGGGAUGGGUGGCAUGGGGCGUCAACCCGGACGCGCCGGCGAUGACCGGCGCGCGCGUGCUCGCCGCGUUCUCCGACCCGUCCACGGGCGCGCUCCUCGCGCUCCCGUUCCUCCUCUCCCCCGACGUGAAGCUCCAGGCGUCGCCCCUCGUGUCCCGGCCGUUGGACAUCACGCUGCUGGCCUCCUCUGCUUCACUCCUCGCCCCCGCGCGAACCGUCCGCGACGGCGCGUCGAUAACCAUCGCUGCCACCAUCCGGCUCUCCCCUAACCGCACCAAGCUCCACUUCGUGUGGAACCGCGGGCUCUACGUGCAGGGCUACUCCCCGACCAUCCACCCCACCGACGCCUCCGACCUCGCGUCGCACGCCACCGUGGACAUCGUCACCACCGCCACCGAGGCCUCGCCCACCACGUCGGCCACGCUGCAGUGGAUGCACGGGUCCCUGAACGCCCUCUCCUGGGGCCUCCUACUCCCGGUGGGCGCUGCGGUGGCGCGGUACCUGCGGCCGUGCGCGUCCACGGGGCCGGCGUGGUUCUACGCGCACGCGGCAAUGCAGGCGACGGGGUACACCCUGGGCGCGGCCGGGUUCGCGCUAGGCCUGGUGAUGGGCUCCGCCUCGCCGGGCGUGACGUACAAGCUGCACCGCGGCCUGGGCAUCGCGGCAGCGACGGCGGGGAGCCUGCAGACGCUGGCGGUGUUCUUCCGGCCCAAGACGACGAACCGGUACCGAAAAUACUGGAAGUCGUACCACCACCUGGUGGGGUACGGGUGCGUGGUGGUCGGGGUGGUGAACGUGUUCCAGGGGUUCGAGGUCAUGGGGCUGGGCGAGUCCUACUGGAAGCUCGGCUACUGCAUGGCGCUCGCCACGCUGGUCGGAGGCUGCGUGGCGCUGGAGGUGAACGCGUGGGUGGUCUUCUGCCGGAGGCAGCAGGAGGAGAAGCUCAUGAGGAGGGAGGUGGAGGACGUCGUCGUCAAGGACAGGGCGGCUGCCUUCUAGGCUGAGCCUGAACGGCGUACGUGUUUUCUUCUCUGCCUCCGUUUGCCAUUCAUGCAGGCAGUUGUGAAUCAAGGGAGGCUGGGGCUGGAGAGAGCGAUGUGUCCAGGAUGCAGACACCUCCACGAUGGGUCUAGACGCUGGCAAGACAAGCGGCAAGGCGUGCGCAUUUUGUCGGUUCGAUGGCAAGCCUGAACGCUCGUAGUAUUGUUACACGACACGAGUGUGUUUUCUGUUCUCCGUCUCUAAAAUAGGAAUUCAUGUACAAGUUACAUGUUUGAUUUCCAAUUGCACACCGAAAUAUGUGUC